UCUUUGUAUGGGGCGUAAAGAAUACCUAAGGGGGGCAGACUUAUGUUGCCAUUAUUAGAGAUUUUAUUAUCCAGUUAUGAUAUUAUUUCAAAAGGCAACUUAGUAACAUUUUAAGAAUAUCAUAACGGUAUAAUUAAUUAUCAUUUAGAAAUUAUACCAGAGCUUUUCUCCUAGUCCAUCAAAAAUAAAACAAAUGUAUAUUAAGGGCGGUAUACUGAAAAAAUAGGCUAAAAAUUAUAACUAAAUAAUUUAUGUAAAACACGUAAACCAAUGAAAAUUAUAAUUAUAAAAUAUGAUUAAACCAAUAAUCUUUCAUUUUUGGAAUUUCUAUUAUUAUAAUUACAGAUUUAUUUAAUAUCUAUGAGAUAUACAUAGAAUGUAAAAAGUUACUACUUUUAUAUUCAUUUUAGUUAUUUUUUUGCUGACUGCUGGCAACUCAGAAAGUUUAUGCCCGCCAUCUUACGUCGUCAUAAUUUUUUGAAUUUCUUUUUGAACUUUUCAUCUUUUGUUUUAUUACUGGAUAUUUCACCAUCUUUUACAGUUCUACCCUUACGUUGAGUUGAGUCUUUAUAGAUUCCUCCGUAAUUGUUAGAUACAUGUAUUUAGUUUGUGUUUAUCCUGGUAAUAAACUAUAAUUCGUGACUUUCUUGUUAUUUCGUUUAAAUUAUCAAGUUAGUUGUUGUAAUUGGUUGGACCGUUGUUUUACAAUGAAGGAGAACAAGAGGAAGUGCCUUAAGUGUGGUUCAUCGCCUGCCGAUAAUCCUGAAACAGUAUUAUUUAGGUUUCCAAAACCUGGCUCUACAAAUGUUACUCGUUGCGAAUUAUGGGCUAAAUAUUGCUGUCCAGAUAAACAAUGGUCUUCAGUCAGCUUCCAGUCAAAACUUUAUUCAGAACAUAGAAUGCUAUGUCAUCGGCAUUUUAAAGAAUCUGCUUUUGUGGAUUUUGCAUCAAAGAAAUUGAGACGUUUUGCUUCUCCAGAUGUAGAGCUGGUGACCUUGCCAUUUUUGUCAGUCAAUAUGGAUACGAGAGCAGGUCCAUCUGAUAUAACAAAUACUUGCAUGAGCAGAGAAAUCUUUACUGAAUCCUCAAAUGUACCAGGACCUUCAAACAUACAAGGACCAUUAGUCUUACCUGGUACAUCAAAUGCCAGUACAGGUGGAGUUAGAAAAAAUGAAGACAGAGCAUAUAUGAAAUGCAAACAAUAUAUGAGAAAAAUCUGCCAAUUAAAAAAAAAAAUAAAAUGUAUGAAUAAUAAUAAAUAUUUACAAAAAUUAAAUUCUGAUGAAGGAAUUAGGAAACUGGCAAAUAAAAUAAGUCCCACGUUUUCAUUGAUGUUGCAUGCGCAACUGAAAAAUUUUAAAAAACAUGCCAAGGGUCGCUGGUGGACUACUGAAGACAAAAUUAUAGCCCUCAGACUAUAUAAGAGGUCCCCGACCUGCUAUAGACUAUUAAGAAGAAUGUUUUGUCUUCCUGCACCUACUACUUUAAAAGUUUUAUUAAGUAAAUGUUCAAUGAAUGUUGGCAUAAACCAACAAUUAUUUGAAAUUAUUAACAAAUACAUUUCUAAACAAGAACCUGAAGUGAAUGAGUUUGUUCUCAUGUUUGAUGAAAUGUCAAUAAAAAAGCAUCUUUAUUACUAUGUUAAACAUGAUGAAAUUGAAGGCUUUCAAGACCAUGGGGUGCAAGGCAGAUCCUCAGAACUAGCUACACAUGCAUUAGUAUUCAUGAUUGCAGGCAUUAGAAGAAAAAUUAAACAACCAAUUGCCUAUUAUUUAUCUAGCUCCACAGUUAGUGCUGAUAGAUUAACAGUUUUAAUAAAAGAGGUUAUUGGACAAUGUCAAGAACAUAAUAUUAAUAUCUCUGCUACUGUGUGUGAUAUGGAUGGCGUAAACAGAAAAGCCCUAUCAAUCUUGGGGGCUACUGCAAAUUGCCCUUGUUUUAAAUUAAAUGACAAGGAAAUUGUUGCACUAUUUGAUACCCCUCAUUUAAUUAAGUGCUUCAGAAAUUUAUUUUUGAAGUAUGAUAUUAAAUGUAACACAGAUAUAACAUCCGAUCAAGGAGAACAGGGAACAGGUAUAGCAAAGUGGAGUCAUAUUGUCCAGUUUUAUGAACUAGACAACUCUAAUACUAAUUUUGUGUUCGCGCCCUGUAUUAAAAAAGAACACUUGAAUCCAAAUGCAAAACAAAAAAUGCAAGUAAAAUUGGCAGUACAAAUUUUAAGUCAUACAGUAGCGGCAGGAAUGUAUGCCAAAAUAUCUCAAGGAUUGACUUCAGAAGCUGUCGUGACGGCUAACGUAAUCGCAAAAAUGGACAAGCUCUUCGAUACAUUAAAUAGCGACACGGCAGAUUUGCGGAGAGGAAAGCCUUUAGCAACAAAUAUGAAAUGUUCUACGACACACAUUACCUUCAUUAAUGAAAUGAAAUUAUUUUUUAAAAACAUAUCAUUUAUUGGGUCUUCACGAAAACCACCUUCACAGGAAGGUUGGGUGUGGACUCUUAAUGGAGUUGAAAGGUUAUGGAAUGUAUUACGACAGAAACACAAUACUAUAAAAAGUUUGGCCACUAGAAGAUUACAACAAGAUCCACUUGAAAAUUUAUUUGGAUGUAUUAGAGGAAAUUGUGGUAGUAAUCACAAUCCAACUAGUGGCCAAUUUAAAGCAGGCUUAAAAACUGCUGUUUUAAGUAAUCUUUCCCAGAUGGGUGGAGGUAACUGUGAAAUGGACCAAAACGAGACCAUAAUUAAUAAUUUUAAAUCUUUUUUGAAGCCUUGUGUGCGAAACACUCAACAGAUUGCCGACACUGCGGCUGAUCCAAUAUCUUCUAACCAAUCGGCGUUUAAUGAUAUUGAUGAAAACAUUUUAGAAGAAUGUAGUGGCGAAAUACAAGCUUGCACUUAUAUAUAA